AGCUGACGCGGCUUCUUGGGGCCGUGCAGCCGGGGAGGAGGCGGCUGGGCCGGGUCGCUUUCCCAAAACCUGGGGUGCUAGCCGGGUCCCGGGUAUCAGGAUCCUGGUGGGUUGAGGUUGCAAUCCGGGCGAGCUAUGGUGGUGCUGAACGGGGGAGACCCUGGAGGUGCAAGAGGAGGAGGCCACGAGGAGCAACCGGGAGCCCCCCUAAAACAGCCCUAUGGGAGGAUCGAGGAUUGCCUGCCGCCGCUGGCCAGCCCCCCCGCCAAGAGGUUUUCCCCGGCGAAGAGAAAGCAGUACUACAUCAACCAAGCCAUACGCAACUCGGAUCUCAUCCCCCGGGCCAAAGGGCGGAAGAGCCUGCAGCGCCUCGAGAACACACGUUAUCUGAUGACUCUCCUGGAACAAGACGAACGCACAGGGGAAGACGGGGAAAUCACGCACCCGGCAACUCCGAGCAUCUUCACCGAAGCCUGCAGCAAUGAGACGUACGUCAAGACCCUUUUGGAUGCCAACCUGACAGCGGUCCGCGGCGAAAUGUUCACCCUCCAGGUGGAAGGGGUGGAGAUGGACGGUCGAAACAGCGCCCUUCUGGGUAUCGGAGAUGUCCCGGUGGCAGCAGCAGGCGUCCGGCUUGGAAGAGCGGCUGGAGGCAGCGGUGGGAGAAAGAGCCGCGGCCGAGGCGGAGAGGGAGCGCUGCGAGGCGCGGCAGGUGGCGCUGCAGGAAAGCGUGCACGGCUACCUGUCCGAAAUCGCCUCCCUCCACCGUCGCCUUCAGGGCCGCCCGUCCUCCGCCGGCCGCAGGUGCCCCCCGUUCUGGUACUUAUUGUGGGGGCUGGCGAGCUUUUUCAUUCUUUAGCCGCUCGUAAGUUUCCAGAGCCGAGAGGGGUUCCCCUGGGGCGAUCCCUUACGCAAAAAGGGUGGCGACCACCCUGCCACGAGAGAAAGAUCCGGCAUCCGCCACUCCGGCUUGACUUAACCCGGCACACCGCUGCAGCAGUCGACAUUAUUCUGCCCCCCCAUUGCGAAUCAGGUUCAUUUAUCGAAAUUUGCAGGGUCCGAGCUGUUUGCAAGGAGCAAACCGAGAAACUAAAGCCGUGGAAAUAGCUCAAAUUCAAGUCAAAAAGUCACUUUGCUCCUUGCAAAACAGCUCAGAGCCUGUACAUUUUGAUAAUCAACCUGAUUUGC